AGAUCAUUGUUCUCUUAUUCUGGGAAGGAUUGGGAUUUCUGAUAUUUGAUGAAAACUUGUCAAACAAUAUGGAAUUUGUUUCUAGGAAGUUUUGCUUAUCGUAUUGUGUUAUUAUAUUGGUAUUUCUGAGUGGAGUUAUUGGUCAGAGUGUACCGGAUGGACCUACAGAGAACAAAACUUGUGCUAAUAAGCAGUUCAGUUGUGGAAAUGGAAAGUGUAUACCAGCUAGCUGGCGUUGUGAUGGUUCCCCCGACUGUUCUAAUGGUGAGGACGAGACAUGUGACUCCCGUACCUGUGCUAGCGGUGAAUUCAGAUGUGACAAUUCCAAGUGUGUGAUCAACAAAUGGAAGUGUGAUGGAGAAGAUGACUGCGGUGACAACAGCGAUGAGAAACUAUGUCAGAACAAAACUUGUGCUAAUGACCAGUUCAGUUGUGGAAAUGGAAAGUGUAUACCAGCUAGCUGGCGUUGUGAUGGUUCACCCGACUGUUCUAAUGGUGAGGACGAGACGUGUGACUCCAUUACCUGUUAUAGUGAUGAAUUCAGAUGUGACAAUUCCAAGUGUGUAAACAACAAAUGGAAGUGUGAUGGAGAUGAUGACUGCGGUGACAACAGCGAUGAAAAACCAUGUCCUGAUGUAACUUGUACUGCUGAUGAGUUCCAGUGUUCUAACAAGUAUUGCAUCGACAAGUUGUGGCAGUGUGAUGGCGAGGUUGAUUGUAACGACCAAAGCGAUGAAAUAAACUGUGCAACCAAAAAUGUAUCUAUUUGUUCAGACGACUCGAAAUGGGAGUGCCACACUGGUAGAGAGUGUAUCCACAUAGCAUGGAGAUGUGAUGGGGACAAAGACUGUGUGGACGGAUCUGAUGAGGGUUCUGAAUGUG